AUGAGCCGCGAAGAAGGCCAUCAUAAUCAGGCACAUUCCAGGAAACAUUUCGGAAUGAAGCCUGGCUCAGAGUCAGACCGACCUAGACUCAUUCAAGUUCUUUGGGUCUUUGGGGUCUAG